CCGUCGAUGUUGGUUUGCAAUAAUCAUCAGUAAACAAACACCGCGGCAGUUGUUUUAAGUGAAAAAUUCCCACAAUAUUUGGGCAAUGCCCCGCAAAAGAUGCAAAAUGCCCAGCAAAGUAACGAUCCAGAAUCUUCCGGACGAGAUGCUGGAGAAAAUCCUGCUCCUCUUGGAACUGGAAGAUCGCAAGUCGGCUCUGUGCGUCUGCCAACGGUGGUCCGGCCUGAAACCGUUCGACUGGUCAUCGGUCCAGCUGGUAGUUGACUUCGGACGAAACGCCGGCAAAGAAGCGGACUAUCACCAGACCCUGCUCGCCUGCAAUCGGCGCUACAAGCACCUGGUGUUCUACUUCGGUUACGAUUUCGAAAAGUAUGACCUUUUUGUGGACAUCCUGAGCCACUUCUCCCGGAGCGUGCAGUCGCUGAAGCUCAUGCCCAACACUUUCGUUCCGGUCAGGUUGAAGUUUUUCGCUAAAAUCGCAGCCCUGUGCUCCAACUUGAAGCACCUUCACAUCGAUGCAUGCAACUUUGACUACAGCCGGAGCGGUUUAGAAUUCGCCCCGAUGAAUAACCUGGAGGAACUGUACCUGGAGAACAACCUGCUGAGUUUGAUCCCGAACAUGCAGGAAAUUACGCCGAAUAUUACCAGGUUGCACAUGCAGAUUAGCUACUAUUCGGAGGAAUCGCGCAACUUCCUACGGCAUUUCAGCUCUCGGCUGUUGGAGUUGGAGAUUUGGUUCCUGUCGGAGGAUUACUUCCUAACGGUGUGUACAAUGCACUUUCCGUUGCUGGAGAAGCUCAACUUUUACUGCGUUGACUUGGAGGUCGACUAUGCGGAAUCAAACGGGGAAAUGGACCCGAUUUAUCAGUUCUUCCAACGGUUACCUGGACUGAAAGAGGUUACAUUACGAUGCAACAUGGUUGAUCGGGUGGUCCGAAGUUUGUGUCAAUCCUGCAGGAAUAUAGAGUUUCUUUGCCUUAGCAUGGAGUCCUUCCGUGAGCCAAGCUUUCGAGCAGUUUGUCAACUGAAGCAUUUGAAGCGCUUGCGGAUCGAGGAUGCGUCCAUUAGUGUUCCUCUUGAAUUAAACUGUCCACCGCUCAAGAGUCUGCAGGUGUUGUCACUGUACACGACGCGCAUCGACGAUCAGGCCGAGUUCAAUCAAUUCCUUCUGUAUGCCUUCCCUAGUCUAGCCGUCUUGGAGAUGCUGCACCUGUCCUCGCGCAUCAGUCAAGGUCGAACGUUCGAGCUGCACGGCAACAUAUGCAGCAACAUGUCUUCCCUGCAACGGCUGGUGCUGAGCGAACCGGCCGCCAACAUACAGCUGGGUCCGUUUCUGGAAUUUUGCGCCUCCCGAGGGCCACGGGAGCUGAGGAUCAAAUGCUGGAACGUGUUGGAUAUGUUCCCGCUGGACGAACCCCGUUCGAUCCCGGUGCAAACGCUGAUUCUGGAUGCACCGUUGAUUUCCCCGAUGGUGCUGCAAAAUCUGAUAAAGUCCAUGGGCGAGUUGAGGCGGCUGGAGUUGGCCCUGGCUGACUAUUGUUCGCCGGAGGUGAUCCGAAGUCUGCGGGCUCGCUUCCCGCGGUGCGAAGUGAUCGCGAGACGAAGAGUUCAAAUCGAGGAGCCACUGUGAGGGAGGGUAGGGUUCAUUUUGGUUCGUUUUUUAAUACAUAGGUACAUAAACUUAAGUUGUAAGCUAUUGACAUUUGUUUGUUCGAAUAUAUGUUUCAAGGCUUCGAAAUAAUUCCUUCUACAAAAUGUUAAAUUUCACUGUGCACCAAACU